AUGUAAAUGAUAAAUUUUUUUUUAACACCCUAUGUUUAAAUGGAAAGAUUUUUAUCGUGUAAUUAUCAAAAUUAGAACUUCAUAAUUUACAAAUAAAACAUGUUCCCUCAAAAAAAAAAUAUGUGUGAUAAGUUAAUAAAAAAAAUGGUAUGAUUAUAUGAAAAAGAUUUGUUUUCAAAAAAAAAAAAAGAUUUAUGAUUUUAUAAAAUAUUAUUAAAGAGCCAGACCCAGGCAAUCAAGCUGAUUGGCAAAAUUUUGUCAAUCAGUCGUCCUUGUGGGCCCACAGUGUACCAGAUAUUGCUUUUAUAUUCACUUGUACUUCUCUUGCUAACUGACGGAAUAUGGUGAAAAUUUUACCCUACACUAGUGUUCCCUACACCCCCCCUAUGCUACGUCGUUUUGUAGCUGGUAUUGAGUUCUCAUGUGCAGCUUCUUUCCUUUUGCGAUUCUUUCCUUUUUUUUCUCUUUUUUUUUUUCCUUUUUUCUUUGUUUCUUAUUAUUCAAGCUAUGCAUAUAUAUGAUUUUAAACCCUAUUUUUUCUCUCUCUUCAAUUGAUCAACCUCCAUUUUUGAUCUACAUUUUUCUCUCGUUAAUUCAUCUUCUUCAUUUGAUUUUUUGAACGAACUCGUUAAUUGUUACCGAUCAUCAAUGGCGAAUUCUGCAUCUGGAGAUUGCGUUGAUUUUGAUCGUGAUUGCGAGCGUGUGUUUCCUUCUGGAGUUCGUUUGGUUGAUUCGUUUGUGCAACAAUUGGAAAAAAAUGAUGAUAUUAUGUAUUUAGAAGCAGAACAAUCUGAAUUAAAGGAUAAAGAAUUUAAAUCUGAAGAUGAAGCUUUCGAAGCGUAUAAUAAAUAUGCUUUUAGGAAAGGUUUUGGAAUUCGAAUUGGGAAGAGUAAGAGAAGAAGAGAUGAUUCUUUUUUGAUGAAAAGAUUUGUUUGUUGUAAUGAGGGAUUCAAAGAUAAUAAGUGUAAGAAUAAAAGGAUUUAUGAGAAGUUGGAUCAUCGAACUGGUUGUUUAGCUUUUGUGCAGUUUCAUAUUGAUCAUUUAGGGGUCUAUACAUGUACAAGACAUGAAAUGGUUCAUAAUCAUGCUAUGAUUCCUCCUGAAAAAAGGCAUUUGAUAAGGUCUCAAAGAGAUGUGAAUAAAGAGCAGCUUCUUUUCAUUUCAACAAUGAAAUUGAGUGGAGUCAAAGUUACUGAUUCUUUGAGGGUUCUAAAGAAGGAGGUUGGGGGAUCUCCUAAUCUUUGUUUUACUGCUUCUGAUGCUUAUAAUGCAUUGUCAUCUGAAAAAGCUGCCCAAAUUGAAGGAUGUGAUAGUAACCAAUUGAUUAAAUAUUUUGCCAAAAGACAUGUGGAUGAGGCAGAUUUUUAUUAUGAUUUUGAACAAGAUGAUAGUGGUGCUUUAGUUAGUUUUUUUUGACGUGAUGGUAGGAUGAUGAGAGAUUAUCAUUACUUUGGAGAUUUGUUGGUUUUUGAUACAACUUAUAGAACUAAUAAAUAUGGAAUGAUAUGUGCUCCAUUUGUUGGGAUGAACCAUCAUGGUAACAAUGUCAUGUUUGGUAUGGGUUUUAUUCUUAAUGAGCGCACCGAGUCUUUUGAUUGGUUGUUUGAUACAUUUUUGCACUCAAUGGGGAGGAAAAGUCCCAUUACAAUUAUGACUGAUCAAGCACAAGCGAUUGCAGCGGGUAUAA